ACGGAAACGGGCGUGCCAUUUCCGCGCACGUCUGCAGAUCCGGCGGUCGAUUGGUCAAGUCUCCCAUCGCUCCGCCCUCAUCAGGAGGCGGGCAAACCGCGCCACGAGAGGGCCAGGAUUGGCUGGCUCUGGAAGCGCGGGUGGUCCCCCUUCUACUGUCACAUGGUGCGCGCUGUUUUCUUAUCACGUGGCUGCCACCCAGGUAAGAGGCUGCUCUUCCUGGGGUUGUUUCUCCGUGUGACGUGUGGCCUCUGAGAUCAACUCUCCUCUACCAGCGUAGGCCGCAUGAGUAGGGGGCGGGCUCCCGCGGUCCUGCUCGGCGGAGUGGGGCAUUCUUCUUCGGGGUACAUCAGAGGGAGGGCAGAGCCUGAGUAUCUAAGCAGAGGCUUCCCUGGGUGUAAUUUCCUGGGCUGUUGGUGAGGAGAGAUCGAAUUCGCCUCCUGCUCUCAGGCUUCUCUGCUCCUGUCUUUUGUUUGGAUGCCGGCGCUGCUGCCUGUAGCCUCCCGCCUUUUGUUGCUACCCCGAGCCCUGCUGACCAUGGCCUCUGGAAGCCCUCCGACCCAGCCCUCCCCAGCCUCGGAUUCCGGCUCCGGCUACGUUCCGGGCUCGGUGUCUGCAGCCUUUGUCACUUGCCCCAACGAGAAGGUCGCCAAGGAGAUCGCCAGGGCUGUGGUGGAGAAGCGCCUAGCAGCCUGCGUCAACCUCAUCCCUCAGAUUACAUCCAUCUAUGAGUGGAAAGGGAAGAUCGAGGAAGACAGUGAGGUGCUGAUGAUGAUUAAAACCCAAAGUUCCUUGGUCCCGGCUUUGACAGAUUUUGUUCGUUCUGUACACCCUUACGAAGUGGCUGAGGUAAUUGCAUUGCCUGUGGAACAGGGGAACUUUCCAUACCUGCAGUGGGUGCGCCAGGUCACAGAGUCAGUUUCUGACUCCAGCACAGUCCUGCCAUGAUGAGCCCUGUUCCUGCCGUGAUCCCCUUGAUACUCAAUGCCUUCUGACUUCCAGGUGAUGACCGGGCCCCCAAUAAAUCCUGUCUUUAGGUCUUUCUGC